GAUUCACUUAUAACUUGUGAAGUUUGGGGGUUGUUUGGUUUUGUUUAUUCUUGGAGAGAAAGAGUCUGUACAUCACACACACACACACACACACACACACACACACACACACACACACACGCGCGCGCGCGCGCGCACACGGAUAUCUCCCAUCCAAAUGGUUAACACUUCAACGUGUAUCAUCCCCAUCUUUUCCUCAUUGAUCAAUCGCCAUUGUCUGUUGAUUGGAAGUCCAGAACACUAACACCUGGGAAAUAUAGACCCUAGGCUGCCAGGCAGGCUUCAAAGCGUUCCUCCCUGUUCUGUCCAGUCUUGUUUCGGCUCUUCAUCUACCUUCAUUAGUGUAUUUCAGAGACUGAGAUGGGGUUGACAUAGGUAGAGUCUGGGUGUCUGCUUCUUUUGUAUGGAAGCCCUGGUCCCUGGGUCUUUUGUCUCUGGAGCCUAUUAUCAAAUCCUCAGCAGCAUUUAGUUCCCUAUGGUAGUAACAAUGCUAAGGGGAAAGUCCCCCUCCUGAUUAUUCUCUAUCCGGGGAGCUUCAGAGUCAUCUCCUCACGCUGUGUGUUUCUGACCUUUCAAAGGUACACUACAAAAGAUCAAAAGGUGAAAGAAAGCCCCACCAAGUCCCACUAUGGUACAUACAAGGUAGCAAGGACUUGCACAGAGUCUUCCUCUUCUGUCGGGUUCCCUUAGAGACACUGUCGAUGAGUUCGAAGAGAGUGAGUGGGUCCUGCUAAAAUAAAUACCCCACUGGUAGGGGCACCGAGUGGAGUUGGAAGGGGAAUUUCAAUUCUAAAAGCUACAACCAGGAAGCUGAGAAAAAUCAGGGGCUUGGAGAAGGGCUCUAUGCCCACCCCACCCCCACCCAGAUGCCCCAGCAGACUAUUCUGCACCUCUAGGAACUAAGCAGAAGCAGGAGGAGAAGGGAGAGAGGAGAGGUGGGCUGUGGGUAAGUGUGUGCCUGUGGGGGUAGGGAGUUAUAAGCAGAGUACGUAUAGAUGUGCUUGUGGGAGUGAGACCUUGCUACUAUUCCAUUGGUGGGUUGGGGGGAACCUAUUUUACAGGAAAAUUUCUCCUCAUGAAGGGGAAGGUCAUAGUGGUCCUUUGAGCCUGAAAUCGAAAGACCCCCUUCCCCCUCCCGGUCACGUGAUUCAUUAAAUAAUUAAUGCCGAGGUUGCAGAAUAGAUAUGUAUUCGUCAGGAAAAUCGCAGGCUCGGUCUCCCUGUUUCUGACGUCCAAUUCAACUGUCCUUUGAAAAACAAGCCUGUACCCUGAGAAAAAAAGAGAGAGAGAGGGAGAGAGGGAGAGAGAGAGAAAAAGAAAGGGAGGCAUCAGUAAAACAGCCCCCGCAGCUGGAGCCACACCGCGGGCUGGGGUUCUGAGGGGAGAUUUCUCGCCUGCCGCUCGCGCUGAGGCUCGAUGUGAAUAUAUAUUAUGUCUGCCUGUUCUCCCCUCGUCGGUGGCUAAGUAGCCAAGUCUAGGGCUGAAUCCCCUCUCCCCCCCGUUUGCUAAGAAGAGCCGAAUCUUUUUCUUUCCCUUUCUUAUUCUUUUAUUUUUCUUCCUUUCAUUAUUAUUAUUUUUUUUAAAGUCCUGGAAGGUGGCCUAUCUUCUCUCCUGGGGUUUCUCCAGCUAUUGUUACCCUUCCUGGCUCUCCCAGGAGUGUGCCUGGAAAGGUGGGGUUCUGGAGGGGGGCUUGCCUCCCUUCUCUAGCGAGACCCUGAGGGGAAGCCGGGAACCACUGUCUCCCUCCCACCCUUCCGAAGAGCCAUAUGGAGCCUGAAUUUUUCCAACAUGGAGGCAAGGGAAAUAGACAUGUUUGGCUGGGUAGAGCGGUUCCCCACCCCCUCUUCUGGAUCCCAGCUCUCAGAUCCCCGCGGCACCGUCCCUUCCCUUACGGUCCCAUUAGCCAGGCCUCUGCGCCUUCCAGCCUGGAACCUUGUUGGGCAAAGUCCCGGAGCAGAGUUGCUAAGGCGCCUUUUAAUUCGGUUACCUCCAGCGCCAAACUUGCCGCCGCGGGGCUCGGCCCGGGCCCGGCCCGGUGUGCUUGGAACCUGCCGCAGCUAACCAGUUCGGCGUCCCGAUCGGUUUCUCCUCGCUUCCUUGAGCCUGAGCAGGAGGCUGGUAGCUUCUCUCCAGCCACCGAGGCAGCAGCGGCCAGACAGCCGGCCAGCAGCGGCAGCUGGAGGCUCUCCGAAUCCGCAAACCUUCCUGGCCCUGCCUCACCGCCAGCGGAGUCUCCAUUCUUUCCUAGCACGUCUCUGGCUCCUUCGCUUCCCACACUCGCCUGGCCUCUGUCCUGCGAUGGUUUGGGGCUUAUCGCUGGGGGAGCGACAGAAAUUUCAGCCCCAGGCGUCUAGUCAAAUUACUAGGUUUUUAUUUAUUACUAUUAUUAUUACCACCACCAUCAUCAUUAUUGCUGUAACACUCAUUUAGACUAAAUAAAGCCAGGGCCCAGCCAGCUAACCCCCUCCAACGUUUUUAUUUCAUUCUCUUUUCUAUCUAUUAAUAACAAACUCAACUGAUGCCGGUUAAUUAAUUCUCCCUUUCAGCCAGGGCUGCUCCGAAGCUAAUUUUGGUUAAAUCAUCAGAGGCUAAUGGUAAUAAUAAUAAAGGGAUUGGGUCAGCCUGGUCAAUUGAACUCCAGUACUCCCUGGAAGGAAGGACCUGCUGCUUAGCAGACCCAUGUGUAUUAACAGAAACAAAAAUUUCUCGGAAUCCAAUCGGAACUCAGAGCUACCUCAGCUCCCUUUUAUGUAUAAAUCUUGCCAUUAGGAGCAGCGUUUAUGUGUGAGAGGGACAGACUCCGCCGGCAUUCCUUUCAUUUUAUUUUUACUAAGUUAAGUUUUCUUUGGAGUUGACCAGCGGGGCUGAAAUGAUAUUUUACGUUCUUCCAAAAGCACAUGACACAGAAAGGGUCAGUCUGGAGGUUUUAGGGACGUACCCACCCACGGAGAGAGGGCUGGAGAAGACACAGGAGCAACAGUCAGAAAUCUGGGAGAGAAUACAAAAUCCCCUGACACGGUCAAGCUUUAUUUUUCUGGUGUACUUUUGAAAGGCUAUAUUAAAAUAGUGAGCAUCAUCUUAUUUAUGUAUUUAUUUUUUGCUGUUGGGAACCUCAGUAAACAGCCCCCCCUUCCCAACCCAGAGAAGAAUCGUGCUCAAAUUGUUUUAUGAGUCUUUUUCAUCCUGAAUAAUUUCCCCCGCCUCAGUAGAAAAAUUCCAGCAGUUGUGCAGUCUUUCCUUUUCCUUUUUACUUUUUUCCUGAGAAAGAAAAGAACACAGUCUAUUAUGGAAAGGGUGUGUGUGUGUGGGGGGACUCAAGCCAAAUGGUCGUAGCACCAACCGGUCCUGCCUGGGAAAUCAAAACAAUCACGCUCCAUUUGGAGGCUCCACGGGGGCGCUGGCUGCUAGGUCCCAGGCUUGCCCGAGCCAAGACUGGAGGUGACGGUACCUGCAGAUGGGACAUAGAUGGAUGAAGCUUGCUUCCACUGGCUCUGGGAGUUAAAAAUCUUCAGGAAUUUUCUACCUUAGGCUGUUAUGAUCUUCCUGGAGGGAAGGGUCCCAGAUGAACUUGCUUUUCGGUCUGGCUUGGGUCCAAGAUCUGCAAGUUCCUUCCAGGCUAGACUUUGCUUAGGUGGAAGGAUCUGGAGAGAGGAGAGAGGCCCUCUACACUGGGACGAGGGCCUCCAAGAUGCUUUUAUUUUGGAGUCUAAUAGUGCCCCCUCCCUGGAAUUGCCCUUUCCCAGAGUUGGGGGGAGGUAAGCAGAAUUGUAGGAAAGGUCAGGGGCUGGUGUUGGAGCAGGAGGGAAGGAAGUCAUGGUCCAUGAAGCAAUGGUAUCCUAUUCCCAAGCACUCCCCAAAGGAGUAUAAUCCUUUUUAAAAAAAAUCGAAAUGAAAAUCGGUGUUUUGUUUUAUUUUGUUUUUCCUUUAAAAUUAAAGUUGAAGCAAGAAGCAUCCAUGUCAGGUCAGAUGCUUGGUCCCAGCGUCUGCUGCAGAAAGACUGGCGAGGAGAGAAGAAAAAAAAAAUCCCUAUUGAUGUCAGUUCCCUUUUUAGUUCCUAAGAUGGAUUCGAGGCCCAGUCCUCUUCUCCCCGUGUGUCUCUUCUCUCGCCCCGCAGGUCAGCCGCUUGGAACAGACCCGGGAGGAGGGGGGCAGAAAGGGGAGGGGGGUCCGGCGUGUCACGUGACCCCCAGGGGUGCCAAUGUCCGGUCGUGAGGGUAUCAGGCCCUUGCAAGUUGCCACCCACUGCCCGGGCCUCGCCCAGCGAUGCAGAAAGCCACCUACUACGACACCACGGCAGCUGCGCUCUUCGGAGGCUACUCCUCGUAUCCUGGCAGCAAUGGUUUCGGCUACGACGGGCCUCCCCAGCCCCCCUUUCAGGCCGCCACGCACCUGGAGGGUGACUACCAGCGCUCAGCGUGUUCCCUGCAGUCCCUGGGCAAUGCCGCCCCACAUGCCAAGAGCAAGGAGCUCAACGGCAGCUGCCUGAGGCCCGGCCUGGCCCCAGAGCCCCUGCCCGCCCCGCCGGGCUCACCCCCACCCAGCGCCGCACCUACCAGUGCCACUAGCAACAGCAAUAACGGGAAUGGGCCCAGCAAAAGCGGCCCCCCCAAGUGCGGUCCCGGCUCCAACUCUACCCUCACCAAACAGAUAUUCCCCUGGAUGAAAGAGUCGAGGCAAACGUCCAAGCUGAAAAACAGCUCCCCCGGCACAGCAGAAGGUUGUGGCGGCGGCGGCGGCGGCGGCGGCGGCGGCAGCGGCGGCGGGAGCAGCGGCGGGGGCGGCAGUGACGGCGGGGGAGGGGACAAGAGCCCCCCGGGGUCGGCGGCGUCCAAGCGGGCACGGACGGCGUACACAAGCGCGCAGCUCGUUGAGCUGGAGAAAGAGUUCCACUUCAACCGCUACUUGUGCCGGCCGCGCCGCGUGGAGAUGGCCAAUCUGCUGAACCUCAGCGAGCGCCAGAUCAAGAUCUGGUUCCAGAACCGCCGCAUGAAAUACAAGAAAGACCAGAAGGCCAAAGGGCUGGCCUCGUCGUCUGGGGGUCCCUCUCCGGCCGGCAGCCCCCCACAGCCCAUGCAGUCCACCGCCGGCUUCAUGAACGCCUUACACUCCAUGACUCCCAGCUAUGACAGCCCGUCCCCGCCAGCCUUCGGCAAAGGCCACCAGAAUGCCUACGCGCUGCCCUCCAACUACCAGCCCCCCCUUAAAGGUUGCGGCGCCCCGCAGAAGUACCCCCCGACCCCGGCGCCCGAGUACGAGCCCCACGUCCUCCAAGCCAACGGGGGCGCCUACGGGACGCCCACCAUGCAGGGCAGCCCGGUGUACGUGGGCGGGGGUGGCUAUGCGGAUCCGCUGCCGCCCCCUGCCGGCCCCUCCCUCUACGGCCUCAAUCACCUUUCCCACCACCCCUCGGGGAACCUGGACUACAACGGGGCGCCCCCUAUGGCCCCCAGCCAGCAUCACGGACCCUGUGAUCCUCACCCCACUUACACAGACCUCUCCUCUCACCACGCACCACCUCAGGGUAGAAUCCAAGAAGCGCCCAAAUUGACACACCUGUGAUGUGAGGGGCGGGUGGGGGGUGGGAGGCGAGAUCAAGGGCCAGGGGGGUGGUGGAGCUGGUGGUGGGGGGCAGUCUGGUGGCCUGGAAGAGGUUCGCGUUGGGGGUGGUUGCAGGCUUCCAGGAACAAGACAGGCCUGGGGCGCCUUCCCCUCUCACGGGCCUGAGUCCUCCACGCCUGGUUCCAUCUGCCCGCCCACACCCUUGGAAAGGAACCCACAGCAGAUUGGAGGCGACCACAUCAAUCCCAGGGCUCCAGCACUACCAAGUUGGGAUUUCAGAUUGGAGAGGGAGUCGGGUAGACGGAACCAAGACAGGCAAGCAGGGCAGAGAGAAGCACAUUCAGAACUUAUGGCUUGGCUUUCAUUAACCAACCAACCAACCAACCAACCAACCAACCAACCAACCAACUUACCUUCCAUCUCUGUGGGCAAUUCCCCCAAAUCUUGAUUUUUUUUUUCCUCCCUUUCAUUCUCCUUAUGAAAAAUAAGAAAACACAUUUAAAUCUAAGGGCACAAAGUGUUUCCCUUCCACACCCCUAAAGCCUCAAUUUGCCCCCAUCUGUUCGGGGCUUCCUGCCAUGCCCACCAUUUCUAGCCCCAUGAUUUUCUGAUCUAAGGACGCAUCUAUACCCCACCCCUAUUGAUGAUAAGUGUCAGAGGGCUCAGGGAUGGUGGGAGAUCCUGAAGGUUAGAGCUGCCUAUAAUAUAAAUAGAUAUAUUUUUUUUCUUUUAAGGAAAAGUUAAGAGACUAAGGCAGGCCAAGGUGUCAGGACUGGAGGUUUGCCUGCUCAGCAGCCUCUCAGCUCCCACCCCAUCCCACUCUCUCUCCGUGGAAGGCAAUCCACACGGAGCUCUCCACUUUCCUAUUUCUUCUGUUUCUCUCUUGACUUAAUGUGAAAACAGGGUAUAUUUGAACAAACUGUCUGUCCUCGGCAGGGGCUGCAGCUGGGCCUGUGUACCUUGCUCCAGCCCCUGACAGGACGCUCUUGUUGCACUUGGAGUUUACAUUUUAAUGGAUAUUAAAAAAAAAAAAAAAAAAACCAACUGUGAGAGAUGCCUGGGCCUGCAAAAGUCCAGCUUCGCUCAAAAAGCGUGUGUUCUAGUGAACAUUUUCAUAUAUAUUUAUUGGUUAUAGCCUGUUAAAAUAUUUUCUUUUUUUGUAUUAUUUAUCCCCCCCUACAUUAUGUAUUUAUAUGAGGAACAAAAAAGGAAAAAAAUGUACUUUUUUAGUAUUUACUUGUUAUAAAGGAUGUUGUGUUUCCUGUCAUGUAAAACCAGCUAUUUUAGUUUUUAUUGUAUUCUAGACAAGAGCUGUAGAUUUAUGUUAAACUCGUACUUAUGAGCAAUUGUAAUUAGUUCUAAAAGGCAUGAACUCAGCUCCUAAUGGUCACUGUAUAGUCCUGACUUUGUAGACUUAGAGUUAAUUCUCUCUUGGAACUUUCUUUGUUCUUCUGUAGUUACUUUAUCCCCCCCUUAGUUAAAAGGGUUGUCUGUCAAAACAAUUCUUAAAUAAACUUUCUGUUAUCAAUUUUA